AACGAUGUAACAAUUUAUAAGCUGUAUACUUGAGUAAAUAAAAUGCCUGCUUUGCAACUUAAGUGCGCGCUUUCGUGCACUCGUACGUGUUUUUGUGCAUUCAUACUUUUUGUUGUGCGUGCUUAUUAAGUAUGCGUUUUUAUAGAGAUGUCGGUAUUUUCUCACGCGCGUGUGCGCUUUUAUUUUCCAUCCCCCUGUCGACGCUUCUGUUUUGAAAUAAAGAAAAGCUUAGCAACGGGUGAUGUACAACAUUGCAUCUACAAGCAAAUGUUGCAUCCUCGCAAGUUGCGGUGGGUAUGGCAGAUUCUUUGAAGAAUUACGGUCUUUUUCUCGACGAUGUGUCCAAGAUCCGCGUACUCGAGCCCGAGGUCGCCACGCAGACCGAAAAAUUGCGCGACGAGUGCCAGAAUUUCGUGACAAAGAUCGGCGAUUUUCACAAAGUAGCCGAGGAUUUCAUCAGGGUAAUGAGUAAUUUGGCGGAUUCGGUCGAGAGGGAAAAAAUGCGGACUAUAGGUAUUCGCAAUCUACUGCACUCCGUUACAAAAGAACACGAAGCGGAAAAACAACAGCUGGAGGCGCUUGUACUUGAGAAAUCAAUGGAACUGGAAAGAUUACGAGUCGAGUAUGAAUCGCUGAAGAAAAUUGAAAUGGAGCAACUGGAAAUGAUUGAACAUCUAACGUCUAAUUGAAUUAUUACAUUUAUGCGUAACUUUUUUAUGAUUAGCUUUUGUCGGGAAAGAUCAUUUUUAUGUGUUAUACACAAAAGUUGUUAAUGUGGUGACUGGCUGGAAAUAACUUUAUAAUAAAUAAAAAAUCAAAAUAGA